GACUUGUUACCAGGAAAGCUGCAGACUGUCGGUCUGAGCUGACGGCGGAUCUAACGGAAGCCAUAUGGCGUUUUUAGUUAGUUAACGCUAUCUCAAAACGGUGUAUAGUUUUAUUGUCAACAUAUAGGCUAUUUUAUAGCAUAUUAUUAUUAUUAUAGUUCGGUUAGCCACGGGCUAGCUAAGGAGGCACCCUGGAAGAACCCAGAGAACCGCGGAUAUCUACGCGGCAUGGAUGCUUCGUGACCAGCGGCAUGUGUGAAGAGAUGCCGGGGGAGCCACCUUCGGGAUCUGGCCAGGUGGUGCUGGUCAAGAAGAUCAUCAUGAAGGACGGAGAAGCGGGAAUGGGCAGGCCCAGUGUGUAUCAUGCGGUGGUGGUGAUCUUCCUGGAGUUUUUUGCCUGGGGAUUACUUACAACGCCCAUGCUGACUGUUUUACAUGAAACAUUUCCCCAGCACACAUUCCUGAUGAACGGCCUAAUUCAGGGUGUGAAGGGACUGCUGUCAUUCAUGUCUGCUCCUCUAAUUGGUGCCUUGUCGGACGUGUGGGGCAGACGGACCUUCCUGUUGGUCACCGUCUUCUUCACUUGCGCUCCAAUCCCUCUGAUGAGGCUCAGUCCAUGGUGGUACUUCGCCAUGAUCUCCAUGUCUGGAGCUUUCUCUGUCACCUUCUCAGUCAUCUUUGCCUACGUUGCUGAUGUGACGGAUGAAAGAGAGAGGAGUACAGCCUAUGGUCUGGUAUCUGCUACUUUUGCAGCCAGCCUGGUAACAAGUCCAGCCAUUGGAGCAUAUCUGUCAGCCUGGUACGGAGACAACCUGGUGGUUUUGGUGGCCACACUGAUUGCUCUGGCCGACAUCUGCUUCAUCCUGUUGGCUGUGCCCGAGUCUCUGCCGGACAAGAUGAGACUCAACACCUGGGGUGCGCCAAUAUCCUGGGAGCAGGCUGACCCCUUCACUUCUCUGCGGAAGGUGGGUCAGGACCCAACAGUUUUACUAAUAUGCAUCACUGUGUUCCUGUCUUACCUGCCGGAGGCCGGACAGUAUUCCAGCUUUUUCCUCUACCUGAGACAGGUGAUAAAUUUUUCCUCCACGACCAUUGCUGUUUUUAUUGGAGUGGUGGGCAUUUUAUCCAUCAUAGCACAGACUCUCUUGCUCACACUGCUGAUGAGGACUCUGGGUAACAAGAACACUGUCCUCUUGGGUUUGGGCUUCCAGGUCCUUCAGCUGGCCUGGUACGGCUUGGGAUCAGAGCCGUGGAUGAUGUGGGCAGCUGGUGCUGUAGCAGCAAUGUCCUCCAUUACCUUCCCAGCUGUCUCUGCUCUGGUGUCACAGUCUGCUGAUCCUGAUAAACAAGGUGUGGUCCAGGGGAUGAUCACAGGAAUCAGAGGUCUGUGUAAUGGUCUGGGUCCAGCUUUGUACGGAUUCAUCUUCUUCCUCUUCAACGUCGAGCUCAACACCAUGGACCCUAUCCAAGGAGAAUUCAACAUCGACCCCCUGCCUCGGCAAAGUCCCACUGAGCGUGGCCUCAUCCCUGGCCCGCCCUUCCUGUUGGGGGCAUGUAGCGUGGUCGUCGCCUUCCUCGUUGCUCUCUUUAUCCCUGAGAAACCUUCCUGCUCCUCCUCUCCCUCCCAUCUGUCCCUCAGCGACAAGCCCCAUUUGGAUAGCAAGGAGACAAUGUCCUCUCUGGCUGGUGUCCACAUCAACACACCCCUCCCAGGCAGCGACGAGGAGACCCCUCCCACCGCCAGCAACGAGGACUUUGAGCCACUGCUGCAGGACAGUAUCGUUUGAUGGACAGGUGGACCGACCACAGAGGGUGGGGCUUACAUAAUAGUUUGAUUGAUUGGUAUUUUCUAACAAAGAUAAAGACAGUUUCUUUGCUGCAGGGCAGAACUGAGUGUAUUUUUUUUGUCAGAAGAUUGCAAUUGACAGCUACAAGCUCAAAUUGCAUUGUUUCCUUGUCAGUAGGUGCUUCUGACAUGUUACUUCAGCUACCAAGUGAGAAGGAAUUAACAUAUUGUGAGUUACAAAUAUGAAUGUUUCUUUCACAAGGAUGCAGGAGCAAAGACCUGGAAUAAGAUAUCAUCGGGAUUUGACAGAAGAGACCAAGAUGAUUAUUUGACUGCCAGAAUGAUGGUGGGGCCAGCACAGUUUAAAGGGAAACCAUUGUUUGAUUGAUGGGAGGAGGGACUAACUGUGUUUUUUUAUGGAACGGGUGUGUCCAGGUUUGGAGGCACCCACUUACAAUCACCUGAAGGAAAAGAGUGAAGGGUAUUUUUGAAGUUUUUAUAGAAGGAUUAUAGUUUAUCUUUAUGCUUGAAAGUUUUGAUUGAUUUUGUGAUAAUCAAGAUAACCUGCAACAUUUACAGCAGGCAAUUAGUGUUGAAAAAUUUGAAAAAGUUUCCUUUUCUUGGUAAAGUUAAGGCAAAGUUUAUUUCUUUUCAGUUUACAGUAUCUUAACUGCUAUCAGUUAUCAAUCGCUUAUAAGGAAUGAAUGUGACAAGCUGAGUGAUGAGUCAGCCACCUGAAAUCCAAUAUGUCAAAAAUAUGAUUGAAAUAGUUACUUUCAAGGCCAAGUUUCCACUUUAAUUUUAAUUUCUCUAAAUUCAGUUAUUUGAAAGUUGUCAAAACAACAAUACCCCUUAGUGGAUAGUUUCUGCUCAUAAUUUACUAGUUAUUGUCCCCGUUUGUCAUUCUACCUCAGAUCAGCGUGUUUUUAAAUCACACUCAUCCUCUAUUCUCUCAAGUUCUAUAACGUUUGUUUUAUUUUAUAUCAUAGUCACUUUAUGAAUGCUGCUGGCAGUGGGAAGGCCUCAGAGCCGCAACUUGCAACACUGCUGAAACCGUAUUUUGUUAUGGUAACUGCAUCUUUAGCUUUAGCAGUCCAGGCACAUCAAUAGUGUUGGUACUAAAUUGUUUAUGGUUACAAGAUUGCUCUUAUUUAAAUAGUUUACUUUCAGUUAAAAAUGGUUUGCUAGCCCAACCUGUCCAAUAUACAAAUGUUAAAUGAGCAAGAAGGUACUAGAAAAAACACUUACAAUAAAUGUAGAUUCUUAGAUUUAGUGCCAACAGUUGCCAUGUACUUUUACACUUUAGAUGUUUUUACCUUUUUCAAAAAAAAGUUGAUGCUCUAAUUGUGCUUUGCCGAAAAGUCCUGAUGCAGGGAACAUUUAUCUUACAACUGUUUCAGCUUUUGGCGUCUUUCCGGAUUUUCCCAUAAUGGGUCCCCAGACAGCAUUAAACAUGGCUAAUAUUAGCAAGAACAAUAAAACUUGCCAAAGUGAACCAAUGUCUUGAGACAUUUUUCCAUUUUCUCUCAUAGAUGGGUUAGAUGACCAUGGUGACUUGUUUCUAUGCUGUUACUGGUGGAUUUCAGCCAUGUGUAGCCUAUAACGGCAACUUUUGACAAAACUAAGCUGUAGACUGGUUCAUUCGCUCCAAACCAGUCGAAAGAAACGCUCCUAAGUUGCAUUUCUUUUGCAAAAUUGCAAAGGUUUUCUUAAAAUUUGAUUAGCAAUUGAAUGUCAACAACAGCUAGUAACUGGAAACAGUUCCAGUUACUAGCUUUUUCCUACUUUCUUAGGAUUCUUUAGAUAUCACACAUGUUGGUGUGUUGGUUCUAAUUGGACAACGGGUGGCACUGUCAUACAUUUUUAAAUAUUAAAUUAUACUAUUUAGUCACCAAGUAUUUUCUAAAUUACACCAAAUUUGGUAUGCACAUCCUGUAUUUUCCACACCAUAUUUGGUGUCCAAAUGACACAAUGUAGCUCUUAGCACACCAGUACAUUGUUUAAAAUGUCACCAUGUAUAGUUUGCACAACCUGUACAUUCUAUUACCAUCAUAACUGGUUAUAUUACACAUUACUCAGCCUUUCAUGGUGUCAUUGUGCCAUUUAGUGCGUUUCUAGAAUGUAGGUUUAGAAAUGCCACUAGUUGGCAGCAUUACAAAUGUUUAUGCUUUCGAUUGCCCAGGGUUGGUGGGCCUUCGAUUUUAAUUCAGGCAGAGUGCUUGGACCCCUUUAACUGUCUUGCAAAGCUUAUAUGUUAACUGUGAGAUCAGUUGGUCAUUGUUGUGGUGAGGAUGUCUAAUAACCCACUGUUCUUUACUGUAGGAUUUUGAACACAUGGAGGUCAGCUGGACUGGUAUUUGUAUUAUAUUUUCUAACAAGCGUGUUGAGGUUUUUCCCUGACAGCAGUAAUAUUUCUGUGAAUGAACAUAUACUUGAAGCACCAGAGAUAUAUUUCACAAGAGCUUUAGAAAAGAUUAAGGAACUGUUUGGCAGUAAAUAACUGACAGUGUGUACAUAGGUAUUUUCUUCAUAAGCUUAAAUUGUAAAUGUGAAUGAUAUUAUGGUUUGUAUAUAACUAAUGUAUGUGAAUGGGGUUGGCUUGUUUGUUUUGGCUCAAUGUCACUAACACUGGGUUGGGGUUUAAUUCCCUCUGUGCAGCUUAACAGUUAUAUAAGACAAACAGUCAGACUAGAUAACAAAACAAAAAGUUAUUUUCCCUUUCUGUUAUUCACACCUGAGUAUGUUUACAUGUAAAUGGGCUGUAUUUAUUUAGCGCUAUUCUAGUUAUAACAACUCAGAGCACUACAAUGUGCUGCCUGCUUAUCAGAUAAACAUUCAACACCCAUGACACAGCAUAGGGGGAAAUUUGGCGUUCAGUGUCUUGCCCAAGGACACCAUGGGACUGCAGGGCCAGGAAUUGAACCAUCAACCUUCCGAUUGGUUCUGACCGCUCUACUGCCACAGACAUGCACACCAGUUUCCCAGUAAUCUUAUUUUAAUCUAUGGUCAUAGUCAAUGUAUUUACAUGUUGAUGAUGAUGAUGAAACAAAAAGAAAGUGUUUAUUCAAAUCUUUUCAAUUUAUCUACUUUUUAAAUCAAAUUUGAAAGGUGCUAGAUUAGAUCAACGUAUCUGCAAUUUGACAGAUCUGCUUUUUAAUAAUUUCUCCAAUCAAACUUCAUCUGUUUUAGCAUUAAUGACUGUCCUUUUGCUGCCAUUAUCAUUUAAGAUUUAAAACCUUUUGAUGUGUAAACCAGUUUCUUUUGAAAUAUCGCAUCAUUUAGGACUCUGAAAACCAGGAUGAGUGAUAAUCCAGGUUUUUGCAGCCAAGAAAUGAUGUUUGUACGAGUAUUUACUCAAAAACACAGAUCAUAAGUAGGAUAUUAGUGUGCAUCUUAACACCCACAGUUAUUUAAUUAAAAACUGCACUCUCAGUCCAGGAGCAGUUAAACUGACUCAACAGUGUAAAUAUUGUACAUAAAUUGGAUGUGUGUACAUGUGAAGAAAUUAAUUGCAUAUGGGAUUCACUGUAAGUACACUUUGUCCAUUGUCUUGUCUGGAAAUGUACCAGCCAGUUGUUGGUUAUUGGAAAUUAAAACAUUUGGCAUCCGU